GGAUGGGACUACACCCAGAGAAACCGAUGAUCCAGCCGGCGUGGCCCACCGAGAAACAAGCAGUUCCGUAACACAGUUUUGCGACCAACCAUUAUUAAACACACUGAGAUUCGUGUAUUGUACAACAUCUAAGCGAAAAUCUGCAAUAGAGCAAAACGGCUUAACAAUACACCCAAAAUGUGGAAAAAUUAACCCAGGCUUUUGAAAGUGCGUAUAUCAGUGAUGGUUUAAACCCGGAUCUAUCUAAGAAAUACAGUUUGACAUUAGCUGUUAAGGCCAUGACGCAAAAUUGCGCAAUUGAAAAAGUAAAACUGAUCAUGCAAGCAGGCACAUUCAACACCAUGAAUGAUGCCAUUUCAAAAUUUGUCAACAGUUGUAUGGAAGCAACAGGCCAGGCAAAUUCUGUAUUGUACUUCAGUCAACGAGAAUAUGGAAAUAAUAGAGGAAACCGAGAAAUUAUAAUAGGGCACAAGGCCAAAAUAGAGGAAACUCUAGAGGCCGUGACAACUCGAAGCGAAGCCACAACAAUUAUGUCCGAGUUACUCAGACUAACUCGGAAAACCAACAAAACCCUUAAGAUAUGCAACAAGAAACACCAAGCAAUCUCCAGCGCGCGCCAAAGGACCAGGGCAGACACUAUAACCUGCGGAGACGAGAGUGGCGGCCUUCGUUGGAUUCGUUGGUACAGUUAAGGGUGCGCCAACUAUCCAACGCCGCUGAGGGUUUCGCUGAGAAGCUGGCACCCAAGUUUGACGGCCCUUAUAGGGUCGUCAAAUUCAUAUCCCUUAAUAUUGUGCGCCUAGUGUGGCCAGGCGAACCAAAGAAGAGGGUGGCCAGUAUCUCGCAGCUGAAACCAUUUUGCCAAGAGAUGACCGAAGACGGAGAGGAACUGGACCCAAUGGAUGUGAAAUAAGAGCGUACACAGAAGACCUUACUGAAUAGCCAUAGAAUAAGUUAAGAAUAUAAUUGUUUAGUUGGCUGGCUCAAGGUCCGGGUUUGUCUUAAUAAAACAAUAAAAACAA